UGUCUUGACCAGGGCACGACUGGGACAUGGCCCAGGGCCUUCUUCCCGAUGCCAUUUGCAUUCGACCCCAUUUCUACCCACUUCCUCUAGCCAGAAUAUGCGACCCACUGACCCACCUGAGCAGGUCACCUUGCCCGACGCUCUGUCUUGGCUGCAUUUUUUUCCACUUUCGCUUGGCAUUGCACUUUCAGAUGAAUGAAGUUAUAAAAACCAUCUGACCACGCCGCAGCUCGGUUGUCUCAGUUUACACGGCCGCCAGAGUAAUCAAUAUGCUGAGAUAUCUUGGAUUCUUCCUCAUUCUUGCUGUGGCCACUUGUUUGGGUCAGCUAACUGGCUAUAGUACCGUGCUCACCCCUGCCACCAGAUGCGUAAGGAGCUUGCCCCUGCCGCUCUACCAUUUUAUUCCGGUGCGAGCUCUUACGCCUAAGCCCUUCUUAGAGGAUUUGGAUUCGCAUUCGGAGCUGAUUCGCCAAGCGCGCCAACAGCAGAUCGUUCAGGAGGUGAUUGUAGAGAACAACUUUGGAGGCCCAGGAUUUGGGGGACCUGGAUUCGGUGGUCCUGGAUUCGGUGGUCCUGGAAUCGGUCGUCCUGGAUUCGGGGGUCCUGGUUUUGGUGGUCCUGGAUUUGGAGGACCAGGCUUCGGAGGUCGAGGUUUUGGACGUCCAGGUUUCGGUGGAUUUGCUCGGAGCUACGACCAGGAGGAACCAGAGCCAUAUGAGGCGCCUGCUGAGAUCAAGUCUCCGCCUUGCCCAAAGAACUAUGUAUUUUCCUGUGAAGCGGUAAUCAAGCCUGUUCCCUGUGGUUCCAGCCCCUGUUCUGGUUAUUGAGAGAAUGAGAACUGAUAAAUAAAAAUUAAAUAAAAGUCUUAUUAUGAUAAAAGUUACUUCCGAAA